CCACCGACUCUUUGCUUUUCCUUUGGGGCCGACGCUACCGCCACGACAGAUUCUCCGACAUUCUAAGGCCCACCUUUUUUCUUUCCAUCUCUACGCUUUACUUUCUGUUUAGAGACAACUUUAUCUGCCAAUAUAAGCACACACGAUUAGCGUCGAUCUCAGCUCUGCUGUGUCUGGGUUGCUUUCCCCGAGUGUGCGUAGGCACCCAUGAACGGAGCAACUGACGGCAACGGCGGCUUCGCCAAUGACGCAGGCGGCCUGGAGGCUGCUGUUGCGACGCCCGACACGACCGGGACGGACGGCGGCGGAGGCCAACGCCUUGUCAUCGAUGCCGCUGCCGGGGGAGGCGAUGGCGGCGAGGACGCGGCCGACGCGAUCGCUGUCGCAGCGGGGCCGGAGCUGCUCCGCAAGCUCGUGUUCGAGGGAAUGACCGUGACGUCCUUCUCCAUCGGCGCCGCGGUGAGACCACCCGCCCACCUCGCGUCGCACCAGCUGCCGCCGGUGGCCUACUACGCCAAUGACGCAGGCGGCCUGGAGGCUGCUGUUGCGACGCUCGACACGACCGGGGCAGACGGCGGCGGAGGCCAACGCCUUUUCAUCGAUGCCGCUGCCGCUGCCGGGGGAGGCGAUGGCGGCGAGGACGCGGCCGACGCGAUCGCUGGCGCGGCGGGGCCGGAGCUGCUCCGCAAGCUCGUGUUCGAGGGAAUGACCGUGACGUCCUUCUGCAUCGGCGCAGCCGUGAGACCACCCGCCCACCUCGCGUCGCACCAGCUGCUGCCGGUGGCCUACUACCUCGCGCUGCUCGUGCUCUUCCUCUUCGGGGUUGGGCUACUGGGGCUCGCUGUCUGGGUGUCCGGCGACCGCGUCGGCCGCGCCGCCGUGGCCAAGACCGUGAUGUGGAUCGCCGUGGCGCCGCUGCUGCUGGUGCUGUCCCUCGGCGGAAUUGGGAUGACAUAAUGGGGUUCUGAUGCAGGUAAAGUGCGUCCGGAUGCUUUCACCACAAAGCCAACCUGCUGAAACAUGGAAAAUGGUGGCUACAGAGUCUUUCUUCUUCCUGGGUGUUGGAUCAAGAGAGAACAAACAAAAUAAGAAUCGAUGUUCCAUCUCGGUUGAUGGUUAGUGUAUCGAUACACAAGUGAUCGAUUUUUAGUGUCUGUUAAGAGGACUUGAUGGGCAGCAACGAGUCUCAAGUUGGUUCGAGUCUUGUACGUGUCUAAUGUAAUGGAUAUUAAUAAUUAUUAAAAAAAAAGAUUGAUGUUCCAAAAGAAUGAAAAGGGUUUUCAUGUA